GUAGCAAAUAUGGCUGCUUCCAUGGUUAGGUUACAUGUACAAUUCAAAUCAUUGAGGCAACUAUGGACAGAUAUUCGGCGUAAACAUACUGCAAACCAUAUUUUACAGCCCUACUAUAUGUUACAUAUACAACACCAAUGUUACCAUCGUACUCCAACAUAUUUUAAGAAAAGAGAAUCUAAGAAGCAGCGUCAACUAGGUGCAUUAUAUAAAAAGGGAGAAAUUGGAAAAGUAUUCACUCAGACUCCAAAACAGAAGAAUAUUCUUCCUGUGGUAGAAGUAUGGACGGAUAUGACUGUAGGAGAAUUAGCAGCCUCUGCCAAAAGGGAUGUUAACGAUAUUGUUAGUGUUCUCGACAUAAGAGUGACCACAGUCUGUGAACCGACGACUGUUUUGUCAAAUUUUACCGUAAUACAUGACAUUGUAAAAAAGCUAGGUAGUGUAGUUAAACGUGUUGCAAAACCAGAUACGGUAAAAGUGAAACCGGUAACGUACGUGGAUCUCACUAAAAGCCCUCCACCCGAUGAAUCGGUAUUAGUAAAACGACAUCCAGUGGUAACAAUCAUGGGACACGUCGAUCAUGGAAAAACUACUCUGCUGGAUUCCUUGCGCCAUACGUCAGUUGUAGAUACAGAAUUUGGUGGAAUUACACAGCAUAUAGGUGCCUUUGAUGUAACGUUAAAGUCCGGAGAACGAGUAACGUUUUUAGACACUCCUGGCCAUGCCGCCUUUUCCUCUAUGCGAUAUAGAGGUGCACACGUAACCGACAUUGUAGUAUUAGUAGUGGCAGCCGAUGACGGAGUUAAAGAACAAACCUUGCAGAGUAUAGAAAUGGCAAGAGAUGCGAAUGUUCCAAUUAUUGUGGCGAUCAACAAAAUCGACAAACCCAAUGCUGACAUUAAACGAACGCAAACUAUGCUCGCAGAGAACGGUAUUGUAGUCGAGGAUCUUGGUGGCGACGUGCAGUCCAUUAACAUAUCUGCUUUGAAGGGAACCAAUUUAGAAGAUUUAACUUCUGCCAUAGCUUUACAGGCCGAAAUAAUGAAUUUGAAAGGAGACCCUGUUGGAUUAGUGGAAAGUGUCGCAAUUGAAUGUACUAAUCACAUAGGUCGUGGAAAAUUAGUAACAGCUUUAAUUAAGCGUGGAACUUUGAAGAAGGGGUGUUUGCUAGUAUCAGGAUUAGCAUGGGCCAAGGUUAGAGCCAUGUUUAAUGAAAUUGGUCAGCCAGUUUUGGAAGCAAAACCAUCGGAGGCUGUACAAAUUAUUGGUUGGAGAGAACUGCCCAAUGUUGGGGAUGAGAUAUUACAAGUGGAAAAUGAGAAAAUCCUACAAAUGGUUCUAAAAUAUAGAAAUGCUGAACGCAAUGUAUCUUUAGCUCAGGAGCAGCAAAAGGGGGCUGACGUAAAGUAUGCGGAACAUCUUGCGCAAUAUAAAGCCAUACUGGACCUGAAGAAACAAUUUGGAAGAUUACAUCCGGUAGUUAAAAGCAAGAUGAUGCAACCGACUACUGACACUAAGAAGACAACUGUUCCUGCGGUCAAUCUUGUGAUUAAAGGUGAUGUGGCGGGCAGUGUCGAAGCAAUAUUGGAUAUUCUUGAUACGUAUAAAGAGGACAAUUUGUGUAAAUUAAACGUUGUCCAUCAUAACGUUGGGAAUAUCAACGAGACUGACUUAGAGUUAGCUGAUAUAUUUCAUGGCAUUGUCUGUGGUUUUAAUGUAGAUAUACCUAGUAAAUUAAAAGAAGAAGCAGAUGAAAAACAAAUAUCAGUUAGACAGUAUCGUGUGAUAUAUAAAUUUGUGGAUGAUGUGAAAAAUGAGAUCAAUAGACAAUUACCUGAAAUCGAUGUUGAAGAAGUAUUAGGUGAAGCUAGUGUACAGCAACAGUUCCAAAUCACUGAAGGAAAGAAGAAAGUUAAUGUUGCAGGUUCCCGGUGCGUAAAAGGUGUCCUUCAAAAAUCAGCAUUGUAUAAAUUAGUUAGGGGAAAAGAAGUUAUUUAUAGAGGAAAAUUGGUGUCAAUGAGACACUUGAAAGACGAAGUGACGGAGAUAAAAGUAAACAUCGAGUGCGGUCUCACACUUGACAAUCCGACUGUGUCAUUCAAACCAGGGGACACUCUGGUCUGUUUCAAAUUAGUGUCUACGACUCAGUCGAUCAGCUGGGAUCCCGGAUUCUAAGCUGAAUAUUGUUGUUUAAAAGAUU